AUGGUAUUUCGCACUCGAGGAGGCAUAGUUUCGGCAGUUACCCGUGUCGAAAACUAUGUAGAUGGAAUCACAGAUGAGGAAAUGAGCAUCUUUGGAAUUAAGAGCAAUCUCGAAUCUCAACUUGACCUUGUGCAGACAAUGCGGGAAAAGUUUGACAACAUUCAACAAGGAAUUAUCAACGCUCAGGAAAAUCCAAAGAAAAGGAAAGAUGAAGAAGAUAUUCGUGAUCAAUUUUUUGCACGUUGUGAUGCCCUAUGUCUCAAGUUAAAGGAUCUAAUUGCUGAGUGCCCAACCACUUCCGGAGAUGAUAAAUCGAUGACAGCCGGAAAGCUCCGCUUCAUGACGUCAUUCAUGCAACAGUCAGAAUUCCGACACCAACAACAAAUGGAUUUGUUGCUUAACACACUCGCUAGCUCUGCCAAUCCUCCUUCUAGACCUACUGACGUCUCCACUCACCGUCCAGCUGUCAGCAAGCUUCCCCAGAAGAAUUUGCCCACUUUCGAUGGAAAGUUUUCCAAAUGGAUUUCUUUCAGAGACCGUUUUACGGCCUCAGUGAGCGAAUAUCCCGGCAUCACAGAUGUGCAGAAAUUGGACUAUCUACAGUCAGCCUUGAAAGGUGAUGCAGCUGCUGCAAUUUGUAACUUGAGUGUCACUGACAAUAACUUCGAAGUUGCUUGGCAGAUACUUAAGACAAAGUUUGAGAAGAAAAAUGAAAUUGUCAUGGAACACGUUCGCACGUUUUUUGGAAUGCCUAAAAUCACCCCAUCCAAUCCAAAUGCCAUACACGAAAUUACCAACACUCUCUUGGAGUGCACAAUGGCCCUAGAUGCGAUGUCAGUGUCCAGCAGGGACCCAUGGAUUAUCCAGUAUGUGCUAGACAGGUUAGAUUCAGAAUCUCGUGUAUUAUGGGGUAGAGAAUGUGGCUCAGAAAUACCUACGCUGAAAAAAUUCAUUGAUUUCCUGGAUCAAAGAUGUGUGGACAAUAAGAAUAGUCAACAACCAACCUCCAAGCCAACUUCAACUUCCUCAAACUCCCGCCAAACUCCCAAGUCAUCUUCAUCUACAAAAAGGCCUGCUAAUGCUCUCACUACUUCAGCUGCCUCUACAACUUGCCGAUGCUGUCAGGAGACAGCCCAUCCUCUUUAUAAAUGCCAAAGGUUCCUGGAUAUGAAUCCAGAGGACAGAUUCCAAGUGGUAAAGGAACUAGGUUUGUGUCGCAACUGCUUCUCAAACCAUCUCACUCCCACUUGCACCUACCGCAGAUGCCAGAAAUGCCAAGCCAAGCAUAAUGUGCUUCUCCACGAAAAAUUCUCGCCCUCCACUGGAAGUCGCACGGAUCUUGCUAAAUCCGCGCCUGCGACAAAUCCCCCGAAAAAUAGCACAUCUACCAAACCUACUGAUUCUGCCGUGCUAACUGUCAAUUCCGGGCAUGGGACUCCUAGUCCUGAGAUACCUCCUAAAGUUUUCUUGGCAACUGCGAUUGUUGAAAUUCUCACCUCAAACGGAGAAACUAUUUCCUGCCGUAUGGUUUUGGAUGGUGCUGCUCAAGUCAACAUUAUGACUUCCAAGCUCUACCAUCAACUGAACUUGCCAAAGUUCCCCACCAAAAUUACCAUCAGUGGAGUGAAUGCCAAUUCCAAUCGUGCAAAGUUCUUCGUGAAUGCCACCAUUUUCUCUCGAGUUUCUGAUGCUUCCUUCACCUUCAAAGCCUUUGUCUUACCCAAGGUCUCUGGUGACAUACCGAAUUGGCCAGUGGAUACCUCAUCAAUUAUCAUUCCUUCCGACAUUCCACUUGCCGACCCUUCUUGGUCUAUCCAGGGACCAGUUGACCUACUGCUUUGUGGGAACCCUUACUGGGCCAGCUGGCUCAAUGGUGCAAUGGAUUUGGGAUCAGGGUUACCCAUGUUGAAGGAAACUGUGUUUGGAUACGUGGUCGUCGGAGAGCACGAGCCAAUUUCCCCGCCAGAAUCUGAUGAGUACUGCAGUCUGAACACUACAGCUCUGACCAAAACUUUACAACGAUUUUGGGAAUUUGAAAGUGUGCCUCAGGAAGAAACCAUGACAGAUGAUCACGUGGCAACAGAGAAUCACUUCACAACCACAUACUCUCGCAACCCUGAGGGCAGGUUCAUUGUCAAGCUUCCGUUCCGGAAGAAUCACAACAUUCUCGGAGAUUCAAGGCCAUUGGCUGUGCGUCAGCUGCUCGCUUUAGAACGCAGAUUUGAGAAAAAUCCAAAACUCCGGUCUCUCUAUACUGAGGUGAUGAACGAACAAAUCCAAAACCAAUGGAUCGAGCCUGUAUCUGAGAAUUCCCGCUCCACCUCAACAUAUUACAUGCCACAUCACGGGGUUCUCAAAGACUCGACCACUACUAAACUACGCAUAGUGUUCAACGCUAGCGCAAAAUCCUCAUCGGGGGUCAGCCUGAACAAUCUUCUACGUGUUGGGCCUACCGUCCAGCCAACCCUCACUGCCACUUUGCUCCGGUUCAGGCGCCACCGCUUUGCCAUGACUGCAGACAUUUCUAAAAUGUACUUGCAGAUCCUCAUGGACCCAGAUGAUGCUAACUUCCAGAGAUUUGUUUGGAGAAGCAGCAAAUCUCAACCAAUCCAAGACUUCAGGGUGUCUCGUGUAUGUUUUGGGGUCGCCUGUUCGCCUUUCCUCGCCACUCGGGCUCUGCUCCAGUUGGCAAACGACCACCGGACAUCACAUCCAUUGGCUUCUGAAGCACUCCUAACCUCUUUCUAUGUAGAUGACUGUAUCUACUCCUGCGAUUCACUGGAUGGAGCUCUCCAAACCCGAGCUCAACUUACUGAAGUACUCUCCAGCGGAGGAUUUAAAUUGGCAAAGUGGUCCGGAAACCACAAGGAAUUGGCCACUGAGGGCACCAAUGCAGCCACUGACACCCAUUUCGGAGAACCCGACACCAAAGCAUUGGGCCUCAAGUGGAAUUGCAGUUCAGAUUCCUUCCGAUUUGUCUCACCAAUCUCUUCGACGGAGAAGUGCAUCACCAAACGCCAAAUGGCAUCCGCCAUCGCACGUCUAUUUGAUCCAAUCGGACUGAUUGGCCCCAUCGUCGUGCAAGCCAAAAUUCUUCUGCAAGUGGCCCACCGGGAAUGCAAAACUUGGGAUGGUGCGCUUCCUGGGGAGCUUGUGGAAAGGUGGCAAGACUUUACGCUCAAUCUCCAAUGCGUUGAUCAGCUUUCCAUUCCUCGAUGGAUUUCAUCCAUCACAAAUCCAUCUCGAGUCGAGCUUCAUACCUUUUCCGACGCGAGUCAGCUUGCUUAUGGCGCUGCUGUCUAUGUGGUCACUUAUGACUCUAGUGACAAUAUCUGCUCCCGACUUCUGACAGCAAAGUCGCGAAUUGCCCCAAUGGACGAAAUCACUAUCCCUCGUUUGGAAUUGUGUGGGGCAUUGCUGGCGUCCGAACUAGCAGAGAAGGUUCGACCAAUCUACAAUCCUGAUGAAAUGUUCUUCUGGUGCGAUGCAAUGGUCGUACUUUAUUGGAUACAUAGUUCUGCAGAGAGUUACAAAGGGUUUCUGUGCCAUCGACUCCAGAAGAUACAUUCCAAAACCACUCCGCGUCAAUGGAGACAUGUCCGUACCCAGGACAAUCCAGCAGAUUUGAUAUCUCGUGGAUCCACACCAAACCAACUCCAAAAUGCGUCUCUUUGGUGGAAUGGCCCAACAUGGCUGUCUCAGUCCAUGGAUUCCUGGCCUCCAUUGUUCAUCAAGUCGCAAUCUGAUCCAGAUGCUUCAGUUUUGGCUGUUACUUCGAAAGAGAAGGAGAAUUACACAAUACUCGAUCACCUUCUUGAAAGAUUCUCUUCUCUGACAAAGCUUCAGCGAGUGAUCCUUUACAUCCAAAGGUUCGCUCUCUCCAAGGUCCGUCAUCUCAGUGUCACAGAAGGCAUGGAAUUGGCUUUGGAGAGGCUCAUUUAUUUAGAUCAGUCUCAAAAUUUGCCGGGCCUGAAGAACCAUCUGGAGAAGUAUGGUUCCAUAAGAGAUUCAAAGUGGAAACGUUUGUCUUCAUUGGCACCAUUUGUUGAUUCCAACGGCCUCAUCCGAGUGGGAGGACGUCUACAUCAUGCUGAGGAGUCAUUCGCGACAAAACAUCCUAUUAUGCUUCCUAAAUCGCGACUGACUGACCUCAUUGUCCAACGAGAACAUUACCAACAGCUUCAUGCAGCCCCUUCCCUGUUGCUCGCUUCUCUCCGUCAAAGGUACUGGCCUCUGGGUGGUCGAAACUCAGCGAGGAAAAUUUACCAUAGAUGCUUCCGGUGUAUCCGUGCAAAGCCAAAGCCUGUUCAGCAAUUAAUGGCUGAUCUUCCCUCGUCGAGAGUUGCCUAUUCACGACCCUUCCAGAGCACUGGCGUGGACUAUGCCGGUCCAAUCUUGUACCGUCCAUCCAUACCUCGGGGAGCGGCACAAAGAAGAAUUGGCUUACUCAAAGGUUAUAUCUCCGUAUUUGUUUGCAUGGCCAGCAAGGCAGUGCAUCUCGAGUUUGUGACCAGUCUUUCGACAGAGGCAUUCAUCGCCGCUUUUAGAAGGUUUGCUGCCCGUCGCACUGCCCCACGCCAUGUAUACUCCGACUGUGGAAAAAACUUUGAGGGAGCUGCCCGAGAAUUAGUCAAACUCUUGCAACAGGAAAGAUCUCAACACCAAAUUACUGAAGAAACCAUGGAAUCCGGUGUAAUUUGGCAUUUCAACCCCCCCAGAGCGCCGCACCAUGGAGGACUUUGGGAGGCGUGCGUGAAGAGUGUUAAAUAUCACCUAUCCAGGAUUGCACAACAUACUCCCCAGUCCUACGAAGAAUUGUGCACAACACUCUGCCAGAUCGAAUCGAUCCUCAACAGUCGCCCUAUUGGACUCACAUCCGAUAAUCCUAAUGAUUUGUCCUAUCUUACUCCUGGUCAUUUCCUUACUGGAGUUCCCGGAAACACACUCCCAGAUCCCAACCUGAUCGAAAUUUCCCCAAAUCGACUCACCCAAUGGCAACUUUGUCAACAACAAUCACAGAACUUCGGGAAGAGAUUUCGCCUGCUCUACCUGAAUACAUUACAACAGCGAAGCAAGUGGAAAUCAGGGCAGCCGAAUCUUUCUCCAAAGGAGGUCGUGUUAUUCUUGGAUGAGUCCCAGCUUGGGGCUAAGUGGAUCUUGGGACAGAUUGAGGAAAUUCAUCCGGGGAUUGAUGGUCGAGUGAGAGUGGUGUCCAUCCGGACAUCGCGUGGAGUCUAUACAAGGCCUAUCACCAAAAUAGCUCGACUGCCAUCUGUGGAUUUCGAAUCUUCAUGCGCCAAAGAAUCGAACGACUCUUUGGAGCAUCCUGGGGAGGAUGUUCAAUAUUCUUAA